GAUUAUCCAUGUGCCGUGUGUUUCUUCCUGUUUCAGUUUCACACACACACACACACACACACUUUCUCUCUCUUGGUUUCAUCGAACACCCUUUGCGUUUCUCUCUCCGAACCCUGAGUGAGAAGUGUUUUCGAGUUUGAGAAAUCAGACAUGGCAUCCUCGUUGGCUUCGACAUCACCUGCCACUGUUGCUGUCACCAAAGCUGCCACUAAUUUGCGCCUCUCUCAUUCCUCAAACUCUCCCAAACCCAACACCCUCCGCUUUUUCACCAAUUCCAAGGGAUGCUCCCCUGGUAAUUUGGUAUUGUGCACAAGGGUUAAGGCCCAAUUACACGAGGUUGCCCUUGAUGGUUCCUCCAAUGCUGCGCCUCCAAUCAAAGCCAAAUCAGAUGAGGAACCACCUGCGAAACCUUCAACUGAACCAUCUUCUUCUGUCUUGGCAACUCAAGAAUCAGUCUCUCAGUUUAUUGCUCAAGUUGCAAAUCUUGUCAAGCUUGUUGAUUCAAGAGACAUUGUGGAGUUGAAGCUGAAGCAGCUUGAUUGUGAAGUAACAAUCAGGAAAAAGGAGGCUAUGCCUCAACUACAAUCUCCUCUUCAACCUGUGACAGCGUAUUCACCUCCUUCACUAGCGAUGCCGCCUGUGGCACCAGCAUCUAUGCCAACACCUACUUCAGCCCGUCCUGCACCUACUCCAUCAACCUCUCCCCCUGCUGUCAAGUCAGCUAAAUCAUCACAUGCACCUCUUAAAAGCCCCAUGGCAGGGACAUUCUACCGAAGUCCUGCUCCCGGUGAACCUCCAUUUGUGAAGGCUGGAGACAAAGUAAAAAAAGGGCAAGUUGUAUGCAUCAUUGAGGCAAUGAAAUUGAUGAAUGAAAUAGAGGCUGAUCAGUCAGGAACUAUAGUUGAAAUCCUUGCAGAAGAUGGGAAGUCUGUAAGCGUUGACACUCCCCUAUUUGUGAUUGAACCUUAGAGCUCUUGGAGUAUUCAAAUAGAUGGAUGAAAAUCUGCAGGCUUGUUAGUUGAAGUGUGAGGCUCAUCAUCAUCUACCCCUCCCCCUCAAGGUAGAGAAAGUGUAGGAAGAUUUUGUUCUGAAUUGGGAUGGUACAGUUGAGAAGAAUUACUAGUUUAUAAUGGUUUUAAUUUUUAAUUUUUUUUUCAUUUUUUUUUCACUUUCACAUGAUUGCACUGUGUUCUAGUGAACUUUUUUUGUUUCAACUUUCAAACAAGUUAAUGUGACUGAAUCAUUUUAAGUCUUUUGUUUUUUCUUUUUAUUUUAUAAGGGUGGGGGAGCAUUUAAUCCAAAUUAUGUUCAGUAAUUUUAUCUUAUUCUUUUGGUUUCUUAUUGUUCAGGAUUUUAGUGGGGAAUAUCAUUGCUUUCAAGUUUUUAUUAUACGGGUGAUAAAAUGAUUCCUUAUUCUCAAUAAGGAAGAAGUGGUCAUAAUUAGGUGAAAUGUGAAGUACUAUUAAUAC